UCUGCCAUCUGUCAUAAUAGUGGAGCAUGGACCUCAAAGGGGCACAGGAGGCCUUCCUGGCGGUGCUGCAACAACUGCCUCAGCCGGAAACCCGCAAGGCCUUCCUGGCCUGGGUCGACGACACCUGGAUCAGGGGAGAUCCACCCAAUCUGAUGGUGUGCCCUCCCCCUGUUUGCCUCCCCCCAUGGCCCCUGCCUGCACCUCAGAAUACACCUCUGGGGACACCAAGCUGCGCAAGAUUGCUGAUGACUUAAGGGAGCUCAUGCCACUCAAUGCUAUCCUUCCCACAGAGCAGAUCACCUUCCCUUCUGUAGGAGAGAAUGCUGACUGUGACCCGUCUCACACACUGCAUGUGGAUGCCUUCCUCUAUGAUGAGGACAUGGUGGAUGAGCUGUGCGACACGGGUGAGCUUGCCAGGAACUACUGCGUGGACUGCUCCUCCCACAACACACAGCCCAUCACGUAUGUCAGCCACUCAGCCUCAAGAGAGAGGUUAGCUUAUGUCUUCCGAGCCCUUCUUCCACCUAUACCUGAAGAUACAAUAUUACUGGAUAUAGGCUCAAGACUUGGAGCAGUAUUAUAUGGGGCCUACAUCUAUACAAAGUGUCAGAGGAUAGUUGGGGUGGAAAUCAACCAAGAAUUAUGCCAAGUCCAGCAAACAAUCAUCAACAAAUAUCAGUUCCAAGACCGCCUCCAGGUGCUGCAUGGGGACAUCCAGGACCACGGAGAGGUGUGCGUGUGGCUGACAUCAUCUGUCCUCACCAACGUGUUCGAGUUCUUUAUGCCUCCCUCCGUCCAGGCUCGCAUUUGGGCGUUCCUCCGGGCCAACAUCAAGAAAGGGGCAUUGAUGGUCACUAUACCCUCCCUGGAAGAUUCUUUGCAGUAUCUUGAUUGUGGCUUCCGGCUCCAAGAGUGGGCAAGGGAAAUUCCUCCUCAUAACCCCAACAUCACUGCUCCCUUUGAUUUUCAAAGUGAAACUUCUGAAGUGAAGCUUUACCAAGUCAUCUGAGCAGUAAUAGUGUCUGAGGUGGCAAAAUGAUGUAUAAUGGUAAUGUGAAGGAAAGCUUACUUAAUUGAACCUGCACUGACUGGGUCCUGAUCCAGUAGACUUGUCUGGAAAUGGUGUCCAAUAGAGGAGCAACAACACACAAAGAAUUAUGCAACCAGCAGUCAUUGUGGAGACAGUGAUCAUGACUCCAGUGACUCAGUGUGAGAAAUAUAAGACUGUAUCCCUCUUGCCAAAGACUUGAGCAUUUAGGAUGUUCAUUAUUUGUGAUGUCAUCAAAUAGUUAAAUAUUUAUGUGUGUACUGUUUUAAGUACAUAUGACCUAUGUAUAUAGUAUGAAGAGUGCCAUUGCCCUGUCUCAUGUCUUGUCAUGCUAAGACAGUUAAAAGUUUUAUCCUAAUAUGUAAUGACUGAUGAGCGAUAACUUGUGUGGAAGUUUGUGUAAGAGACAGUACCACUGCAAAACAAAAGUAAAGAGUUGUUAUUUUUUAUAUGCAUUUUAUAUUGUUCUAUUCUUAUAAAAAAAAAGUUUGUGAAAUCUUGUUUUGACUACCAUUGUGCAGUGUGACUAGAGGCAUAAUUUAUGUUUUAUUUAUGUAAAGUCAGGCGAUUUUAGGCUUUUAUUGUCGGGUCUGCAGCAGGUGUCCCUCGUUGUACGUGGGCCCGACACACGUGCCUGGAGGAAGACACUCCCCAUCAAAGCAACUACUCACCAGCCAGCAGGAGUUUCUGUGUUCACAUUGCUAUGGCUUCCAUUUCUCUGUGUGCCUUUACACUGGUGGUGGAUCUCACACAACCAAAAUCUCUUCAUGCUACUUUUCAUAGACACAUAUAUAUAUAUAUAUAUAUAUAUAUAUAUAUAUAUAUAUAUAUAUAUAUAUAUAUAUAUAUAUAUAUAUAUAUAUAUAUACAGCUUUGCCUUGCUGUGAACCAAUCAGCUGUAAGGAAUUGCUUGACCCCCUCUGCACACCACCAAGAUAAUACUUAAAGGGAAGCCGUGCCAACGUGGCCUGUGCCAGAGGUAACAGGGUCUUGUGGCCCUGAAUGGCCACCACAGCUUGUACUGUCUACCUCCAUUGUGCUGUUUCCUGGUGAAAAGUUUUUAGACAGUUUCCUGACAGCAGCAUGAUUCCAGCUCAGUAGCAGUAAUAUGGCAUCAUACUUGGUUAUGUAACAUGAUAUAUAAGUGAUAUAAAAUUUUUUACAAUAAAGAUUAAGUGAAAGCUGAGGCUCUGCUUUCAUGUUACUGUGCUUGCCUUGCCUUGUGCUCAUUGCACACCACAGACCUGCCAGCACAGUACUCCCCAGUAUGAUGCCAUGUGUUCAUAAUGUUGCUGUAAAAAUGUUUUAUGAUGUACCAAGUGCUUGGUCCAGGAGAGGUUCUAGCAAGGCGAUGAUGUUACAGGUUUUGCCAAUUUUGUUUGCAUUGAAGUAAAAUUUUUAUAAUAAACCAUAUGCUAUG